UUAUCAUGAAUUUUAUUAAUUUACAAGAUUUACAAGUUAAUAAUUUCAAUUAUAUUAAAAAAUACGAAGUUAGUUAAAACAGAAACAGUUAUUGCACUUUUUAAAAAAAAUUUACAAUAUGUAUAUACCUAUAUCUUAUGAAUAUUGGUUAUCACGAUGAUUUUAGGUUAUGUUACUUUCAUUAGAUAUAAUACUUUGUUAUCAUAAUAAUCUUAUUUCAAAAAAAUAAUGUGUUAAUACAUUGCAAUCAAUAUGUAUUUAAAAAAAAAUACAUAUAACAAUAAACAAUGAAACAGUGUAUACUGGAAUUCUUACCGACUAGAUAAUAGAAUUGGUUACGUCGUCGUAUUCAUUUUCCAUAUUGUCAACAAAGAAAUCAUCGUAUACGAACAACUACAGCAUCGUAAAAGCUAAUGGCAGAUUAUGAAAUUGUCAAAUCGAAAAGCUGGUUUUGGGAAUGGUUUAGCUGGUCUGGCUCAUCUUCAACUAUGUUACGUGCUGCGGAGAAAAAAAUUCUUUCUUGUUUGAGAACAGCAUAUAGAGGAUGGUAUGUGGAUAUAGGACCAGUUGUAGGAACAUCAGAUAAGAUAUGGACCAUUUCUUUGAAUGAAGAAUCAACAAAAACACCAAUUGUCUUAUUACAUGGUUUAGGAGCAGGUGUGGCAUUGUGGUGUUUAAAUCUUGAUGCAUUGGCUUCUCAAAGGCCAGUAUAUGCUAUUGACAUAUUAGGUUUCGGUAGAAGUAGUCGUCCUGUUUUUAGUAACGAAGCUCAAGAAGCUGAGAGUCAAUUAGUUCGCUCUAUUGAGGAAUGGAGAAGAGAAAUGCAGUUAGAAAAAUUUGUACUGUUAGGUCAUUCAAUGGGUGGUUUUCUUGCAGCAUCAUAUAGCAUGCAAUAUCCUGAAAGAAUUAAACACCUAAUUCUUGCCGAUCCAUGGGGUUUUCCAGAAAGACCUGUAGAUCGAAUUUCCAGAGUUCCUAUGUGGGUAAAAGUUAUAGCAUAUGUAAUCGAACCAUUGAACCCACUUUGGCCAGUCAGAGUAGCUGGUCCAUUUGGACAAUGGUUAAUUGAAAAAACAAGGCCAGAUAUAGUAAAAAAAUUUGCACCUGUAUUAAAAGAUGAUACUGCUGUGAUUUCACAAUAUUUACAUCAAUGUAAUGCUCAAACACCAUCUGGUGAGAGUGCAUUUCAUGCAAUGAUGCAACAUUUUGGCUGGGCCAAAAAUCCUAUUGUUAAAAGAAUGGAUAAAUUAAAUCCAGAAAUUCCAAUAACUUUAUUAUAUGGUAGUCGAUCUUGGGUUGAUAAUUCAUCUUGGGAAACACUUAAGCAAGCUAGAGCAUCGUCUUAUAUUAAUGUUCAGGCUAUAACAGGAGCAGGGCAUCAUGUUUAUGCUGAUAAAAGUGAAAUUUUCAAUAAAUAUGUAUUAGAAGCAUGUAAUCUAAGUGAUUCCAUAUCCCAUUUAACAGCAUCAGAUAUUCGAUCAAACUCUAAGUCGAUAAAUGAGCAACAAAUUUCAUUAAUUUUAACAAACGAGGAAGUUGAUUCUAAAACUGCGAAAGGACAGGAAUUGAACACGCCAUAAGCACGAUCUAGUUAAAAUUUAUUUAAAAUUUAAAAAGUAUAAAAUUUGAUAAUUGAAUCGUACUGUUUUGACUUUAAUUGCAGUCAAAUGACUGCAUGAAUUGUGUGAUUUAGAUUAGAUAUAUGUAUUGCAACGUACCAAACAAUAAUUACAUGUUGAUUAAUGUUAUUUAAUUAUUUUCUAAUUUAUGUUAUACUUUGUUAAUGCUGUAAUUUAUAAUUUCUUGAAUUGUUUCAAGAAUAAUGGAGCUCAAUUCUUAGUUUAAGCUCAUUGAUUUAUCAUUUAUAUUUCUAAACAAUAGUUGAACAUUAAAAUAUCUAAUUUUUUUAUAAAUUUUAAUUUCUUCAUAAGAUUGUAUAUUUUAAUAAAAUAUAAAUAUAUUUUAAUAAAAGAGUAAUAGUACUAAUUAUAGAAAUAUUUAAAUAUUUGUGCUUGAUUAAAAGCAUAAUGUGUAAUAUUAAAAUCAAAUUCAAUCAAUGGGAUCAAUAUUCAUAUAUAUAUAGAUAUAUAUAUAUAUAUAUAUAUAUAUAUAUAUAUAAAUCAUAUUAUAAAUUUAAUACAGAAGGUCAAACUGUAUAUUAUGUACAAAUAUAUUAUAUGACUAAAUUAAAUGUAAGAUAUAAUAAUAAACGAAAUAAAUAUUGUUGAUAUUAA